CGUUCUCUCCUCUGCACCUCGAUUGGUCAUCGCCGUUGCCACUACUCCGGCACCACCGUCGCUCCUCCUCCACCGUCGCUCCUCCUCCACCUUUGCUGCUCAACCACCGUCGAUGCUCUAAUCCUUUCCCUCCGCUGCUCGUGUCCCUCUGCUCGCUUCAGUCUCGCCGGCGCUCCACUUCCACUGUCGCUGCUCUAAUCCUGCUGCUCGUAUCCCUCCGCUCCUCAUUUCCCUCCGCUGCUUCAGUCUCGCCGGCGCUCUACUUCCAUCGCCGCUUCUCUAAUCCUGCUGCUCGUGUCCCUCCACUUCUUCAGUCUCGCCGGCGCCCCACUUACACCGCCGCUGCUCUUUCUCAGAAGCAAAUAGAACGACAGGUUACAGAGGGGAACUGACCAAGAACUGGCCUCCCUCUACUGGAGCCAAUUUCAAUAUAAAGAGCAGUAAAAGUGAAGCAGCUGCUGACAAAGUUACAAAUUAGAAGCCAAUUCUUUUUAUCUGUUUACAGGAUUUACAAUGGAAAAUGAUCAGAUAUUGAGUGGAGACAAACUCAUACUAAGAGGACUGAAGUUCCAUGGCUUCCAUGGGGUGAAACCUGAAGAACGGACUUUAGGUCAGAAAUUCGUUGUUGAUGUAGAUGCCUGGAUGGAUCUCGGGUCAGCUGGUAAUUCUGAUCAGCUGUCAGAUACUAUCAGCUAUACUGAAAUUUACCGAAUAGUUAAGGAAUUUGUUGAGGGCACGCCCUGUAAUCUACUCGAGUCGGUAGCUCAACGAAUUGCUUCCACCACUCUGACAAAGUUUCCACAAAUUUCCGCUGUGCGUGUGAAAGUUGGGAAGCCUCAUGUUGCUGUUCAAGGUCAGCUGGAUUAUUUGGGAAUUGAAAUUUUCCGACGCCGAACUACAGGUGUUACAAACUAGAUUCAUUUACAUGUUUGAGAUUUAAUCACUCCCCCCCCCCCCCCCCCCCCCCCACACUAAUGUAUCAUCAAAUUGUGUGUUUUUAAUCCACAUUGAGUGGAUUGGAAGAAGCAUUGAAAAGCAUAAUUUGCAUUGUAUUCAGCUAUUCAGAAAUAAUUGAUGUUUCUACAUACACUACGAGAAGUUCGGAUUGA